AUGGCCAGACUGAAGUGGUUAACAGGUGCCUUGAAACCUACCUUCGCUGUUUCACUAGCAGGAGACCGACUGAACACUCCUUUCUACGCAGUCUAUGGUCGUGAUCCGCCAAAACUGUUGCGAUAUGGAGACACUCCUACCCCUAACGCUUCGGUGGAAGAGUUGUUGACAGAUCGAGAUAGUUUGCUGGUCGAAUUGAGAGAGAACAUGGAACUUGCUCAGUAUCGAAUGCAGAAAGAAGCAAACAAGCAUAGAAGGCAAGUUGAGUUGAGUGUUGGUGAUUGGGUAUAUCUCAAGCUGAGGCCUUACAGACAGAGUUCCGUGGUACAGAGGAAGAAUGAGAAGUUGUCGCAGAGAUUUUUUGGCCCCUAUAAGAUUGUGCAGAAGGUAGGCAGAGUUGCGUACAAACUCGAUCUCCCUGCUACCAGCAACAUCCACCCUGUGUUUCAUGUGUCACAGUUGAAGGUUGCAGUUCCGGCUCCAUAUCAAGCGCAGGCUCUACCUCCUAUACUGACUCCUGAUCUCGAGUGGGCUACAGAACCGGAGACACUGUUAGACAUUCGCAGGUCAUCUCAGGGAACCGAAACAGAGGUGUUAGUGCAGUGGAAAGGGCUACCAAAUGGGGAAUCUACUUGGGAAUCACUCACAGGUCUGAUGGAUCAGUUUCCAAACUUUGAUCUUGAGGACAAGAUCAGUCUUCUGCGGGGGAGUAUUGAUAGGCUAAGAGUGCCAGUAGCUUUCAUGAAAAGGAAGUUGAGAACUAAGGGAAGAAGGGCAAGACAAUGGGGUAAGAUCAAAAGUGGCUAA